AUGCCGCCAGCAUCUGCUGAUCUGGCUACAACAUGGGCUUUCCUGGAGGAAGGUGUCGACCACAUCAUGACCAAGCUCCAAACCGGCGUCUCGUACUCUAAAUACAUGAGUCUUUAUACUGUCGCAUACAAUUAUUGCACAUCGUCCAAGAUGCCGAACUCGACUGGAGCAUCAGACCUCUCUACUCCAGGUCGAACGGGCGCGAACCUUGUCGGAUCCGAUCUCUACAACAAUCUCAUCCGUUACUUUGUUCAACAUUUGAAAGGCCUCAAAGACCAUUCUGACGGACUCCAGAACGAACUAUUGCUGCGAUAUUACGCGUCGGAGUGGGACAGAUACACCACAGGCGCCAACUAUAUCAAUCGUCUCUUCACAUAUCUCAAUCGACACUGGGUCAAGCGGGAACGGGACGAGGGUCGCAAGGGUGUCUAUCCAGUCUACACACUCGCGCUUGUGCAAUGGCGGAACAAUUUCUUCAUACAUAUCCAACAAAAACAACAGAAGCUUGCAGGCGCCAUUCUGCGUCUCGUCGAGGAUCAGCGAAAUGGUGACACAAUUGACCAAGGUCUGGUUAAGAAAGUCGUCGACUCAUUUGUCUCUCUCGGCAUCGACGAGGCCGAUAUCAACAAGGCUUCCCUCGAUGUCUACAAAGAACACUUCGAGACCCCAUUCCUCGAUGCCACCGAGAAAUACUACAAGACCGAAUCAGAUUCUUUCCUCGCUGAGAAUUCCGUAUCCGAUUACCUCAAGAAGGCGGAGGAGCGUCUAAGGGAGGAAGAGGAUCGAGUGGAGCGUUAUCUGCAUACUCAGACACGCAAAUCGCUGAUCACCAAAUGCGAGCAUGUUCUUAUCCGAGAGCACGCAGAGCUGAUGUGGGAGUCCUUCCAGAACCUGCUCGACUUCGACAAGGACGAGGACCUGCAGCGAAUGUACGCUCUUCUUUCACGCAUUCCCGAGGGUCUUGAGCCAUUGAGGAAGAAGUUCGAGGAGCACGUCAAGAAAGCUGGUCUCGCUGCUGUGUCGAAGUUGGUGGGCGAAGGUGGCGCAGCCACAGCCGACGUUGACCCUAAGGCGUAUGUGGAUGCCUUACUGGAGGUCCAUACGAAGAACGCGGAGACCGUGAACAGGAGCUUCAAGGGCGAAGCUGGCUUCGUCGCUAGCUUGGACAAGGCCUGCAGAGAGUUCGUGAACCGGAACGCCGCCACUGGUACUAGCUCGACGAAGAGCCCAGAGCUCCUGGCGAAGCAUGCGGACGCGCUUCUGAGAAAGAACAACAAGAUGGCUGAGGAGGGCGAUCUGGAAGGCGCACUCAACCGUCUGAUGGUCUUGUUUAAAUAUCUGGAGGAUAAAGACGUGUUCCAGCAAUUCUACACCAGCAAGCUUUCCAAGCGACUUAUCCACGCUGUCUCCACAUCAGACGAGGCCGAGGCCAGCAUGAUCUCCAAGUUGAAGGAAGCCUGUGGUUUCGAGUACACCAACAAGCUACAGCGCAUGUUCACCGACGUUAGCUUGUCCAAAGAUCUCACAGAUCAGUUCAAGGAACGUAUGGAGCAGAACCACGACGAUAUGGAUAUCAGUUUCAGUGUCAUGGUCCUCGGCACGAACUUCUGGCCUCAGACCGCUCCCACCAACGGUUACCUCGUCCCCGCCGAAAUCCAACCGACCUACGACAGAUUCCAGAAGUAUUACCAGCAGAAGCACUCUGGCCGGAAACUCACUUGGCUCUGGCAAUACUCGAAAAACGAGCUGCGCACGAACUACCUGAACCAGAAGUAUAUCCUGAUGACGAGCAGUUAUCAGAUGGCCGUGCUCCUCCAGUACAACAAGCACGAUACUUUGUCGUUGGAUGAGUUGGAUUCGGCGACGUCGAUGGGCAAGGAUUUGUUGAACCAGGUGUUGGCGAUCUUGACGAAGGCGAAGAUUUUGAUCAGCGAGGAGACGGAUCAGUAUGAUCUUAACCCCGGCUUCAAGUCAAAGAAGAUCCGUGUCAACCUGAACCAGCCCAUCAAGGCUGAGGUAAAGGCUGAGGCGACCGACGUCCUGAAGACGGUUGAUGAGGACCGUAAAUACGUGAUUCAAGCCACGAUCGUUCGUAUCAUGAAGGCGAGGAAGACGAUGAAGAACCAGCCUCUGAUCCAGGAGGUCAUUUCUCAAAUCUCGCAGCGGUUUACACCGAAGAUCCCAGACAUCAAGAAGGCCAUCGAUACUUUGCUCGAGAAAGAGUACAUCGAACGAGUAGACGGCACUCGGGACACGUUCGCCUACGUCGCCUAA